GUCGUUCCUCAAAAGUACGGUCACAGUAUAUAAUAUACUUUGUAGAAACUAUACAAAUAGUGUGUGCAUUUAGAUUAGACAAGCAUGAAUAGAGAAAUUGGCAAUUUCAGAUUUGUGAUGGUAACCAAAAAAUUCUAGCUGUUAAUGCAGGCCACGGUGGACGGAUUCACGACUCACGCGUAUGGAAUGCAUCGGUUAUCUCUCAUCAUUUAGAACAAGAGCACAGAAAUGGUAGAACAGGAACAUGGUUGAUUGGUGAUUCUGGAUACCCACUACUCCCAUAUUUGUUAACUCCAAUGUUAAAUCAACCCGUUGGUACACCUCCUGUUAGAUAUACCGAUGUGCAUGUUAAAGCCCGCAGCGAGAUUGAACGUUGCAUCGGAGUGCUUAAAGGUCGGUGGAGGUGCUUAAGGAAAGAACGAGCACUACAUUACAAACCAGAGUUUGCAGCAUUGAUAGUGAAUGCUGCUUGCAUUUUGCACAAUAUUGCAAAGAUAUAUAAUGUCCCCGAACCUGAUUUAUAUGUCGAUGAUAUAGACCAAGAAGAUGAAGAUUUUCUACAAAACAUUAAUAACGGUAGAGGUCGAGCAGGACAGGAAGUUCGGGAAGCAUUAAUACGUCGAUAUUUCACAUAAUUUAACGUUGAAAUUAUUUUAGUCAUUUUACUUUUAAUUUUCAAUGGCUGUGUAUUCAUCUGUAAACGAAUAUUCAAAUUUUAUUAUUGUCGAAAUACAAACUACAAAGAUGUAACAUUUAUAAAAUAGUGUAAAAGA